AUGACUUCAAUCUUUCCUUGGUUUCGGAGACUCUAUUCUCUCGAUACCCUAGACACUCGUUUCACUGCCUCUGCGACGACUCCGCUCAAGGCGACUGCUGAUACGCGACCCCCGGCGGCGAAAGAUGCCCGCGCAAACGCCAUUGCCAAUGGCGCUUCGCCUUCCAACUGGCGGACGCCUGAGUUCUACAUCUAUUAUUUCAUCUUCCUGACUGCGGUCCCUUUGAUGUUUAAGACUGUUAUCGAUGCUUCGAAAGAGAGCCAUCCUACAUACUCUACGUAUGAGCAUUUGUUAUCUCCAGGCUGGAUACCUGGCAGGAAAGUAGACAACUCCGAUGCUCAAUAUUCAAAUGUUCGGGACAACCUACCCUACCUCUUCAUACUCCUAGUCGCACAUCCAUUAUUGCGUCGCGUUUACGAUCAUUUUGUACCGCAAUCUGAAUCGCGCUCUGGACUCAAGAAUGGAAAUUCGGUGGCCGCUGCUGGGGAUGCCAGGCUGGAGCAACGAGUACAAUUCGACUACUACUUUGCUUUUGUCUUCUUGAUUGCCCUCCACGGCAUCUCAACUGCGAAGGUCCUUGCUAUACUGUUUAUCAACUACAAGAUCGCCAAAUCUCUCCCUAGGCGGUAUGUACCAGCCGCCACUUGGAUCUUCAACAUAUGCACUCUCUUCGCCAAUGAGCUUUGUGCUGGGUAUCCAUUAGAGCGCAUAGCCACUCUCUUUGCGGCUGGAGGUAAAGACUCUACUUUCGUUCAGUGGGCGCGCUAUCUUGAUAGUUUCGGUGGCUUGGUGCCUCGGUGGGAGAUCCUGUUCAACUUCACGGUUCUGCGAUCGAUCAGUUUCAAUAUGGACUAUUAUUGGAGCCUCGAUUACCCGGCCGCCAGCCCAAUUGAAAAGAAACAGCUCGAUCCAGCAUCGCUAUCGGAGCGGGACCGCGUCAGUAUCCCGCCAGAGCCGAGUGCAUUCAGUGCUCGCAAUUACGUCGCCUACAUUCUCUACUCACCCUUGUACCUGGCCGGUCCUAUCCUGACCUUCAACGAUUACAUUGCGCAACAGAGAUAUAUGCCGCCAUCGCUGACACGAACACGCACCAUUCUUUAUGGAAUCCGCUUCUUCCUGACGUUGCUCAGCUUGGAACUGAUUCUGCACUAUAUAUAUGCUGUGGCUAUUUCCAAUGCAUCACCCAAGUGGUCAAUGUAUUCGGCUGGGCAACUCAGCAUGCUGGCUUUUUUCAACCUCCAUAUCAUUUGGCUCAAACUUCUCAUUCCGUGGCGUUUCUUCCGCCUCUGGGCGUUGUUGGACGGCAUCGAUCCACCGGAAAACAUGGUCCGCUGUGUAUCCAACAACUACUCUACCUUUGCAUUCUGGCGAGGCUGGCACCGCUCUUUCAACCGCUGGAUUGUCCGCUAUCUCUACGUGCCGCUGGGAGGCGGAGCUCGCCCCAGAGGUAGCGGUGGCAGCAGAUCAUCUUCCGGUCUUUUCAGCAAAGCUCGCCACAUCUUCAACUUCCUUGUUGUAUUCACCUUCGUUGCCCUGUGGCAUGACAUCAACCUUCGUCUCCUCAUGUGGGGCUGGCUCAUCACCCUCUUCGUCCUGCCCGAAGUCAUCGCGACUCAGCUCUUCCCCGCCCAUAAGUGGCGGUCGCGCCCAAACACCUACCGUGUCCUCUGUGGUAUCGGUGCGGUAGGCAAUAUCCUCAUGAUGAUGAUUGCCAAUCUCGUUGGCUUUGCGCUAGGCUUGGACGGGCUCAAGGGUUUAUUAUCCGAGAUUCUCGGGUCUUACUCGGGCAUUGGCUUCCUUUUUGCCGCUUGUGGAGCACUCUUUGUGGGAGUUCAGGUUAUGUUUGAGAUUCGAGAAGAGGAGCUACGCGCUGGCAUUAAGAUGAAGUGCUAG